AUGGCUACCCUUCAAAUGCCCCCCGUCCCACCCCUCGUCCCAGCCCAAUUCGACUGGCAAACCUCCCCCGCUGAUGCCACAAUCCAACAACGUCGCGCGACAGGCGCCGAAGCCAUCGUCGGCAUUGAGAAGAGCAAUGCCGCGGGUGCCAAUGAUCUUUAUCUCAUUUCCAGCGUGCAGUUCGCCGAUCCGACUCUUACACUUUCCCAAUUACAGGGAAAAGUUGAGCGUGCGCUCGUACGACAACGCUAUGAACAUCCCGAAAUCGGUCAGACGGGGUUGUGGGAAGAAGGACAGAUUUCGCCGCUGAUUCAGUACCAGCCCCUCAAGAGUAAUGAGGAGGCUCUUGCCUGGGCGCAGGGGAACGUGCGCGUUCGUGCGGGAAAAGAGACUGGUCUCGAAAUUCGCACUGAACACGAGAUCAAGCGAUUCCAGGAGCAAAGCGGGCCUGCUAAGGCGGUUGUUGUUGAUAUCGUCGCACCCGUCGAAGGACUCGAUACACCUCUUGGAUCGACCAAUGUCGAGUUUGUCUUCCACACCAAUCAUUUGUACUUUGAUGGAAUCAGCAAGCGUAUCUUUGUGGGCGACUUUUUCCGUACUUUGGCCGAGACAACUGAUGAGUUGCCUGAGUUGAAAUGGGGCGAUGAAGUCAAGAAUUUGGGUGCACCGGUGUUGACGCUGUUGAAGGAUGGAGCUACUACAUCUGGACCGGAGUUUGAUGGAACUUUCGGACAGUAUGUCGGCACCGUCAUGAGGGGAACGCAAAACUACGGUCUCAACCCCAAGCCCGAUUAUGGUCUUCCCCGGGUCAUCUUCCAUACCUUUACCACAGCCGAAAGCGACGCAAUCUACAAAGCUGUCAAGUCGAAAGUUGACCCUAAAGCGUCUCCCGCACACCUCGGUCACGCCGCUGUAUUACUCGCUCUGCUCAAAAUGAAGCCUCCUCCAGCCGAAACACCAGACAGCCAGAUAUACAUGGCUCAAUCGCCCAUGAACGGACGCCGCUUCUUGCAGGAUGCAAACCACGCCAAAACAUACUACCCCAUCGUACAGGCUAGCUGCCCAGUCAUUUUUGAGAAUAUCAAGCAGUACAACGUCGUUGAUGCAGACAAGGAAACUAUCGACAAGUAUUUGGUGCAAGCUACCAAGGUCGCGCAAGACUGUUAUGACGUUUAUGUCAAUAACAAGCUGACCUUGCCGGUGGGCAUGUCGUUUCACAACUUUGUGACCAUGUUGAUUGCUUCGGGUACUAUUCCUGAAACUGGUCUCACUGCUCCGUUGUACACGAGCGAUGGUGUCAAUGAGACGUACAUUGAUCGCGAGAUUAGCGACAAGUCCGGUAACGUCACAAUCACGGUCAACACUGUUCGAUUCUUCUUGAACCAGUACAUGCCAUUCAUGUCAAUCCGUCUAGACAGCUUCCGCGGCCGCUCAGAGCUCUCGCUCAGCUACAACGACGGCCAAUACACCGAUGAAGACGCAUCCACAUUCUUACUGGACGUCGCCUCUUUCAUGCAGCAAUUCAUCCAAUAG